ACGGGUAUCGACGGCGCUGCAAGUAAACAAUUAUUUCUGUUUUGUAUUUAAUAACAUAAUUAAACACACAAGCACUCGGAAUUCGCAAAAAUUAAAAUGUCGAGUGCGCAACGCUCGUUUGUGCAAAAAGUUUCAAAGCAGUCGGCUGCAGAUGUACGAAAAAAUGUUUCAAGCUGUCAUCUAUCAAAGACAAUCGACACAUCACUGUGCGCUUCCACGGUUUCCCCGACGGAGCCGCUGGACUAUGAAGAAUUUCUUUCCCAACACAUGAACAUUAUCAACCGGGAUCCCCUGAAACACAUAUUGGACUUUCCUCAAGGAGAUGUAACUGUUAAAGUCAUUCCCCGGAAGAUCCGAACUGUUGAUCACAUCGUCCCGACCGAAAAUUUAUCUGAUUUGCCCCAACACGUACAAGAAUGUGUCAACUGCUAUACACGCCCAUGGAAAGUGGUUGAGUAUGCGCAGCGGCACCUCUCCAGCUCGUGCUAUAUCCGCGAGCGUAUCGACCGGGGAACCAUUAGUCCAUCCGCGUACCAGCAGGAGUUUGAGAUCGACAAAGAUUUCUCAUCGUUUGAAGAAACGUUUGCCUAUAAAAGCGAAAGCUGCACUCCAAGCUCCAGGCAAUCGAUUGCCAGUUUGGCUUCAGUUAGCUCUUGCACGGACACUUUGACACCCCGAGGUUCCUGGGCCAGCUUUGAUCUUCGACGCUCAGUUAAUGAUCCACUGAUACCAAACUUGCUCGACAAUGUACCGCCUGAGCAUAUUGACCAAACCAACGAGGCACGCCGGCAGCAGGAUCGUCAAGUGGCUCUUUUUUCGCUAUAUCCGGAAUCUGAAGCGGAGGAAAGCAUAGAACGCCGGCUUCUCGCUGAGAUUCCAGUUGAGCAUAUGGGCCAUCGCAUUCAGGUAAAAUGCCUGCAGCUUCGGCUUGAGCUUGAAGUGGAACCAAUUUUCGCCUCUAUGGCCAUUUAUGACGCCAAAGAACGACAAAAAAUAUCAGAAAACUUCUACUUCGACAUGAACUCGGAUAGUCUCAAGCGGAUGUUGUCAAGCCACGUCCAGUGCGCCGAUAUCAGUACCCAGAGUCAUUCGGCCAUAUUUGAAAUUUCAUACCCAAGCAAUGAUUUAUUUCUGGUGAUUCGUCUAGAGAAGGUUCUGCAGGGUGACAUAAACAAUUCUGUCGAGCCGUAUCUAAAGGAAGACAAAGACAAAUACCGAGAGAAAGUAAAAUUCAACGCGGCGGACUAUUGUGAGCGUUUAGGCAAAUAUCGAAUGCCGUUUGCAUGGACAGGCAUCUACCUAUCAAAUGUUUUUAAUGGUGACAAUUUCGAAAGCAAGGACGCUGGCGGGACGGAAAAGGAUUCUUUUGGAAAUGGAACAGGUAGUGGUUUGGGCACCGCCCCAAGCUCCAACAGUUUGGACCGCAAGUCCUCAACAAGCAGCUUUGAUCAACUAAGGCGCAAGGCUAAUGAUAUGAGCGGAACCCUUACCCGGCGUGGUUCUCUAGAACGAAAGGAAAAGCGCCGGUCCUGGUCGCCUGAUGAUUUCGCGAACGUUGUAGAAAACUUUCGACCUGUCACUAUAACGGUGCCAAGCUUCUUUAAGCAAGAGGCAGAUAAAAUGAAAGACGAGGACUUGUACAAAAUUUUACCAGAGUUGAAAAGACCGAGCUCAGUUAUGAAGAAGUUAAAAUGCAUACCUGGCUCUAUUAAACUAGAAAUCUCUCCUUGUGUCGAGGAAGUCAAGAACGCACUAACUCCAGAGCUUGCAAGUAUAAACCCUCAAAGUACCGAAAACUUUCGACCGGUUAAGGAAAUCUUAGAGUUUCCCCAAUCAGCAAUUUACAAUCCACAUUAUACCUACCGCAAUCUUCUUUUUGUGUCGCCAAAAGAGCUGAAUUUUUCUUCCCGUGCGGGCUCUGCUCGUAACAUUGCUGUGCGCGUACAACUCAUGGCGGGCGAAACGCCAAAAGAUGCGGUUAAUGCCAUAUAUGGCAAGUCAUCUUGCCCUAAAUUUUCCACUGAGGCAUUUACGGCAGUCAAUUAUCACAACAAAUGUCCAUCUUUUUAUGAUGAGAUAAAAAUAGCACUUCCUGCAUCGAUAAAACAGCAUCACCAUUUAUUCUUUACUAUUUAUCAUGUAUCCUGUCAAAAGAAACCACAGGACUUGCAGCCGUCCGUAGAGACUCCUAUUGGAUAUACCUGGUUGCCAUUACUGGAAGACGGGAAACUUAAGUUUGGAGAAUUUAAUCUCCCUGUUAUGGUAGAAUCACCACCGGAAAACUACUCAUUUAUUCCACCGAAUGUCCAUCUGCCUGGAAUUAAAUGGCUAGACAAUCAUAGAGCCGUGUUUGCUAUUAAUGUGGAAGCAGUUACUGCAGUUCAUACUUUGGACUCGUUUCUUGAUCGAUUCUUCUUAAUUUGCGAAUAUUUAGACACGCGAAAUAUACCUUCACACAUUGGCGAAAGUAAUAUAGAGGCAGAGUUAAAGAAAUGCUUGCUAGAUAUAGAGCACGCAAAUCGCGAGCCAUUAGUGAGGCAUCUACCCUUAGUCCUGGAUAAGCUUAUUGAAUUGUUGGUAAUAACCCACAAAGUUGGAGGACAGGCAAUGUCCCUAGGAUCUACGGUUUUCGAAGUUCUUUGCUUAGUAUCGUCUCUGUUGUCAAUACUUAACGACGACCAAUACGAUCAAUACGGGCGGCAAAGUUUGCUAUCAACAUAUGUGCAAUUUCAAUGUAAAAUUCCGCACCCAUUUCAAAGUAAGCAGCGACUUACAUGUAGCCGCAGCACAACGGAUGACUUGCCGCUAACCGAAACGUACAGCUUAUAUGAUAAUGUAUUAACUAGUGGUAGAAGUUUGGAUCGCAAAGAGCUACCUAUAGAUAUGCUUCACUCAAUGGCUGGACGGGAUGUACAAGUACGCCUGCUACACGAAGAAUUAGCCCUACAUUGGGUCGUGGCUAGUGGAAAAGCUGCAGACUUAGCUAUGUCAAAUUCGUGGUUCUUGUUUGAGCUAAUUGUUAAAUCUAUGAUUGAACAUUUGCAUAGCUCGAACACUUUAAAUGGUCCCCGAAAGCAUCGGUUUCCUCAUCAGUUUAAUGAUGAUCUGUCCACACUAGUGCACUUAGUUACUACAAAAGUAGUCGGUUAUCAUAGUAAUGAGCCAAAGCUAGCGCAAUCCUUAAAUGCUAGUCUAAGCUUCUUUAUAUUUGACAUACUAAGCAUCAUGGAUCGGGGAUUUGUUUUCGGUCUUAUUAAAACUUAUACCAAGGUUUUGAUAUCCAAAAACUCCUCAAUUCCGGACCUAAUGAACUAUAAAAUAGACUUCUUAAGAAUUGUGUGUAGCCAUGAACACUUUGUAGCUCUGAAUUUGCCAUUUGGGACAUCCUACACAAUGGUAUGCGCACCAUGCAGCCCCACGCCAAGCACCACAUCGAGCAACAGUCAAACAUCUUGCGGGUCACUUGAGCGGGCGCUUCAUGCAGACCUAAGUCAGGACUUCCUCCAGCAACAUUUUCUGGUUGGACUUGUUCUCAGCGAUUUGGCUGCAGUAAUGGAGGUGCCCAAUCCCCAGUUACACGGAAAGGCGAUACGAUGCACUCGCAACCUGAUGACUUCUCAUGACUUGGACACUCGAUACAGCGACACCGAAGCACGUGCAAGGGUGGCCGCUUUAUACAUACCGCUAUUGUCCAUAGUGAUGAACAGCAUUCCUCAGCUCCAUCAACACGGUCUUGAUCAGGACCGUUUGCAGCAAAUCGGCCAGCUUGAAGAUUAUCAAGGCCCACAUCAAACAAUUACAGCAUCAACCAUUAAUCCGGAAGUGGCAUUCGCAAUUUCAGGAAGUCGACCGUACUCCUACUUGAACGAACAAGUUAAAAACAAAUCGCCCCUUAGCUCGGAAAAUACCCGCCAUUUGUUGGUUUGUUUUCUGUGGGUUCUAAAGAAUUUGGAGCGCAACGUUCUAUACCGGUGGCUUUUGGAUCUAAGUCCACACAGAGUGCACCAAAUGCUUCAAGUUGUUAAUGUUUGCCUAAAAACUUUUGAGUAUACAGGACAAAAACACGUCCCCACUCUAAAACGAACCAAUACCCAAAGUUUUAGAAAAACCGGGUCAACUGAUGUUAAGGAAAAACUAGAAGAAUGUAUUAGAGGCACAAAUUCCGCUCGAUACGAUUUAAUUAAUCGCCGAAAAGAUCGCAAUUCGACAGAGAAAUUCCGCUGGCGAAAGGACCAGAUGCCGUAUCGUUCACAAUAUGUAGACGGUGUGGGCAAAAGUGAGCAUGAACUUGAAUUAAGUCACUUCAUCGAAGGCUCUUUGGCGACUGAAGUUGCCCUUGUGCUUCUCGAUACUUUGGAAAUUAUUGUUCAUGUUGCGGCCAACUUAUACCAUAAUCUCCUUGGAACAGUGCUUAAGGUGCUCCUCCAUGCACUGUCCCGCAAUCAAUCUACUCUGGCGCUGCAAAACUUGUUUGCAUCUCAACGCGCUCUUAUUUUCAAAUUUCCAAACCUAUUAUUCGACGACGAGACGGACAUAUGUGCAGAUUUGUGUUUAAUUUUACUAAAGCACUGUGGAUCUCUUUUGCCAGGGAUACGAUCACAGGCAGCUGCAUCAUUAUACUUACUAAUGAGACAAAAUUUUGAAAUUGGAAAUAACUUUGCGCGCGUUAAGAUGCAAGUGACGAUGUCUUUAAGCUCUUUAGUUGGCACUAGCUCGGUUUUUAGUGAGCAAUCGCUACGCCGUGCGCUUAAAACAGUGCUAGUUUAUGCUGAAUCCGACUCCGAUCUGCAGGAUACAUCAUUUCCCGAGCAAGUACAAGACUUGCUUUUCAAUCUGCAUAUGAUAUUGUCGGAUACUGUUAAAAUGAAGGAGUAUCAAGAAGACCCAGAAAUGCUUCUUGAUCUUAUGAAUCGUAUUGCCAAAGGUUACCAAAAUAAUCCUGAUCUUCGGCUAACUUGGCUGGAAAACAUGGCAAAAAAGCACCGCGAGCGUGCAAAUCACACGGAAGCAGCCAUGUGCUACGUACACGCCGCUUCUUUGGUAUCGGAAUAUCUAAGCAUGUUGGAGUCCCAAACACAUUUACCUGUGGGAGCUGUAAGUUUUCAACGCAUUUCUCCCAACACUUUAAUGGAGUCGGCAGUGUCGGAUGACGUCCUCAGUCCCGGCGAGGAUGGUAUUUGCUUGGGAAAUCAUUUUACUGAAACUGGAUUGAAGGCUUUGCUGGAAGAAGCCUCCAAUUCUUUUCAAGUGGCUGGCAUGUAUGAAGCAAUGAACGAGGUGUACAAGAUUUUGAUUCCGAUCUGCGAAGCCAACAGAGACUUUCAAAAACUAAGUAAAGUGCAUGGCAAGUUGCAGGAGGCAUUUAAUCGAAUAGCUCAGCUACAGGGAAAGAGAGUUUUCGGUACAUAUUUUCGAGUUGGGUUUUACGGCGGGAAAUUCGGAGACUUGGACCAACAGGAAUUCAUUUAUAAAGAGCCAACUUUAACGAAAUUGCCCGAAAUAUUCAGUCGGCUCCAGAACUUUUACACUGAACGAUUUGGACCGGACUCAGUGCACAUCAUCAAAGACUCCAAUACAGUCGACAUAAACAGUUUAGACCCCGAUAAGGCUUACAUUCAAAUUACUUAUGUGGAACCUUAUUUUGAAACCUAUGAAAUGCGACAUCGUGAAACAUACUUUGAGCGGAAUUUCAAUAUAAAACGAUUUAUAUAUGCAACGCCUUUUACGAAAAAUGGUAAGGCACACGGCGAACUACAUGAACAAUGUAAACGAAAAACUAUUUUGACCACGGCGAACCACUUUCCCUAUGUAAAAACACGAAUUAUGGUAAUUAGCCGACAGCAAAUAGUCCUGGAGCCUAUUGAGGUGGCAAUUGAAGAUAUUCAAAAGAAAACAUUGGAGCUGGCGGCUGCUACGAAUCAGGAGCCUGCUGACCCAAAAAUUUUACAAAUGGUUCUUCAGGGAUGUAUUGGAACCACCGUCAACCAAGGCCCUAUGGAAAUGGCUAGUGUGUUCCUUUCCAAUUUAUCCGACGGAACAACAGUCCCAACGAAGCACCAAAACAAACUUCGUCUUUGCUUUCGCGAGUUUUCAAAACGUUGUGCUGAUGCUUUGAAAAAGAAUCGCAAUCUAAUUCUUUCAGACCAAAAAGAUUACCAACGGGAAUUGGAGCGUAACAACGAUCGUUUCAUAGAGCGAUUGACUCCCUUCAUUACCCUAACAACAGUUCAAAACCAUGGGGUUGUUAAGGCCAACGCAUACACCAACAAAAGUACUCCACUGAAAUGGUAAAUGUUUGCAAGACGCAGUCUGCAACUAUAUUAUAACAAGCCUCUAUUUCAUGUCUAGCGUAUCGGAUUAUUUUAAGUAACAUUUAGAGUUUGACUGAUCGAUCUCUUUACUUGCUAGUAUAUCAGCUAAUACCUUCUUAAUCUUUUUAUGGACUAACACCAAAUAUUAUUUACAAAUAUUUAUGAAAAAUAAGUUUUAGUAUUUUGUACUUUUUCAAUAUUUUAUAUAAAAUAAAAAUCAGCACCAUUAAAUUUGGGAUCAAAUAUGGUGUAGUAAGCAUAA